AUGGCUGAGCAGCUCAUCCUUCGCGGAACCCUUGAGGGCCACAAUGGCUGGGUCACCAGCCUGGCUACCUCUCUUGAGAACCCCAACAUGCUGCUCUCCGCCAGUCGCGAUAAGACUUUGAUCGUCUGGAACCUGACUCGCGACGACCAGGCCUACGGUUACCCCAAGCGAAGCCUUGAGGGCCACUCCCACAUCGUCUCCGACUGUGUUAUCUCCUCGGACGGUGCCUACGCUUUGUCUGCCUCCUGGGACAAGACUCUGCGCUUGUGGGAACUUGCGACUGGCAACACCACCCGCGUCUUCAGCGGCCACACCAACGAUGUCCUUUCAGUUUCCUUCUCUGCCGACAACCGCCAGAUCGUCUCUGGUUCUCGUGACCGAACCAUCAAGCUCUGGAACACCCUUGGUGACUGCAAGUUCACCAUCACCGAGAAGGGCCACACCGAGUGGGUGUCUUGCGUCCGAUUCAGCCCCAACCCCCAGAACCCUGUCAUCGUUUCUGCUGGCUGGGACAAGCUCGUGAAGGUCUGGGAACUCGCUUCCUGCCGUCUUCAGACCGACCACAUCGGCCACUCUGGUUACAUCAACACCGUCACUAUCUCCCCCGAUGGAUCCCUCUGCGCCUCCGGUGGUAAGGACGGUACCACCAUGCUCUGGGACCUCAACGAGUCCAAGCACCUCUACUCCCUGCAGGCUGGUGAUGAGAUCCACGCCCUCGUCUUCUCUCCCAACCGCUACUGGCUCUGCGCCGCUACCAGCAGCAGCAUCACCAUCUUCGACCUCGAAAAGAAGAGCAAGGUUGAUGAGCUCAAGCCUGAAUACGUUGAGAAGGGAAAGAAGAGCCGUGAGCCAGAGUGUGUCUCCCUUGCCUGGAGCGCUGAUGGCCAGACUCUGUUCGCUGGUUACACUGACAACAAGAUCCGCGCUUGGGGUGUUAUGUCACGAGCUUAA